CCAGUAAAACUGUCUCUCACUACACAUCACUCUCAGCAUUUUCUCUCUCUAGGCAGCACAUCAUCGGAAGGAGCCAUGUGGUGAAGGUCCCCAAAGAAGCAAUACGCCCAUAAAUUGUAGAGAGAGAAAGACAGACAGUCUCAUCUUCUAUUUAAGAGAGAGAGAGAGAGUCUCGUCUCUUCUUUCUGCUAUGAAACACCCAAUAAGUAUUGUAGAGUGAGAAAGGAAUGGCACCAUGUUUCCUCUUUGUGGGUAAGUGAUCCGACCAUUUUCUCCUGAAUUCUCAGAAGCUUUGGAGAGCGAGAAACCCUUUUCGCCUUCUGCAGUCGUGGAGAGAGAUCUUGCUUUCUCGAAUUAUCAGUGAUAGUUAGAGAGAGAAAGUCUUAUUCUCAUUGACACUAUCUUCGUGAUCGAAAUUAUGGAAUCUUUCUCUUGAAUUAUCAUUGACAGAGGGAGAGAAGUUUCAAAAGAAAUAGAAAAAUAAUCAGUGACUGAAAGAGAGAGAGACCCUUUCUCAGACUCCCUUUACUCAUGAAUUAUCGUAGAGAGAAUAUGAAUCUUUGGUUUCAGAAAGAGAAACAUGUUUGAUCGAAGUAUUUUCUCUUGAAUUAUCGUUUAGAGAGAGAGAGGAAGAAGAAGAAGAAGAAAAUCCCUGGUGUUUCCAUUACUCCUAGAGAGAGAGAGAGAGGGGUUAGAUGCCAUGAGCUUGGAAGACUCCAUGAAGGUCCUCUCCCUGGACUACUUGAACCUCCUCAUCAAUGGCCAGGCCUUCAGCGAUGUUACAUUCUCGGUCGAGGGCCGCCACAUCCACGCCCACAAGUGCAUCCUUGCCGCCCGCUCCUCCUUCUUCCGCCGCUUCUUCUGCGAUCAGAAUCAAAAUCAAAACACAGCUCAAAAUCCAAAUCAAGCCCUUUCCCCCAUAACAACCUCUAGCCCCCCUCACCAUUCUUCUGUCGUCCAAGUCACUGUGGUUGGCUACGAGGUCUUCCUCUUGUUGCUCCAGUUCCUAUACAGCGGGCAGGUGUCGAUCACGCCCCAGAAGCACGAGGCGCGGCCCAACUGCCCGGAGCGGUCGUGUUGGCACACGCACUGCUCCUCCGCCAUAGACCUCGCCCUAGACACCCUCGCCGCAGCCCAUUUCUUUGGUGUUGAUCAGCUGUCCCUCCUCACCCAGGCCCACCUCGCCUCCAUUGUCGACAAGGCAUCCAUAGAGGACGUCAUGCGCGUCCUCCUCGCCUGCUCCCACAACAAGCCUCUCAUGCAUCCCCUCUGGUCGACAUGCUCCCGUCUCGUCGCCCAAUCCGGCCUCCCUCUUGAUGUCCUUGCCAAGCAUUUGCCUCCCGACUUGGCCCAGCACAUCCUCGACAUGAGGCUCGAAUCCAAUUCUGCCAAUGCCCGAGCGCAUGUGGUUGAGGACCAUAAGGUUAGGCGGAUGCAGCGUGCACUCGAUUCCUCAGACGUCGAGCUUGUCAAGCUCAUGGUCAUGGGCGAAGGCCUCAACCUUGACGACGCCCUCGCGCUACAUUAUGCAGUGGCUCGAUGCUCUCGAGAGGUUGUGAAGGCGCUUCUUGAGCUCGGGGCAGCCGAUGUCAACCAUGCUGCAGGCCCGGCAGGGAGGACACCAUUACACAUUGCAGCGGAGAUGGUGAGCCCCGACAUGGUGGCCGUGCUCCUCGAUCACCACGCCGACCCCAACGCGCGAUCAGCAUCAGGUGCAACCCCAUUUGACGUGCUCCAGUCUUUGGCCUCCGAUUUCCUCUUCAAGGGGCCAAACGUGAGUUCACCGACAGCGCCAGCUCCCCACAUCGAACACAAUAAGCUGAGGCUGUGCCUGGAGCUGCUGCAGUCAGCGGCGCUUGUGAUCUCAAGGGGCUGCGAUGGGGCCGAGGGUUGCAGCCCAACCCCACCGCAGGACAUUGAUUCGAGAAUGUUGUUUUUGAAUAUUGGUGGCAAGGACAGGGAUGGCGGAGGGGGCUCAGAUGGGUCAGGGUAUUGUGGGAGGAGCAUCGGGCAGGGAUCGACCCGCGAGUUUUAGGCGAGGAAGAACCCCUUUGAGAAGACCCCUUUCAUUUACUCGGUUCCUCUUUUCUGUGAGAUUGAUUGGAGCUUAUUUGGGGCUCAAUUGUACAAGUCUCUCUCACUGAGUGUGUUUUGGGGACGGAAUAUUUUGGAGAAAUUUUGUUCUGGUCUCUCUGUCUAAUAUUUUUGUGAAAUUUUGUUUGGGUCUUCCUCUCUCUCUCUCUGAUUGUUUUCCCUUGUGGUGGUGGUGGAGAUACUUGCUGAAAUUUUGUGGUGUUUCUCUAUAUACUCUUGUUGGGUUGCUAAUGGUAUAAGACAUUGAUGAAAUUUGA